AUGGGACCUGAACUAGACCGAGAUGACCUGAUUCCAGUUGUUGCGCUAGACUCUGCAGUUGGAGAUCUCAAACACAAGAAUGUCGGAGGCGCCAAGAUCCUGGAGCUGGUCCAUGAUCUGGCCCAUGCUCUUGCGCUCCACCAUGGCGGAAACAGCAACCCACUCGCCAUCGUCGAGCGGCGAAACGGUGGCUGCUCUUCUACCAGGGGUGAGCUUCAGCAGCUUGGGCAGCAUGGAUCUUGGGGCGUUGUAGUUGCAGAGCACGUACUUCUGGGCAGCAAGAACACCCUCGAGCCGCGACUUGAUCACCUUGACGAGUUCAGGGUGCGAUGGGUUCUUAGAAACAAUCAAAUGAGCGGAGGUGUCGAGGAUGGUGUCGAUGGCGUACAGCCCGGCGGCCUUCAUGGUCUCUCCGCUCUCGACGAGAUCCACAAUGGCAUCUCCGACGCCCAAAGCGCAACUGGCCUCGACGGAACCACCCACAAACUUGACCUUGGUCUUGAUCGGAGAGCCGGGUUCGACACCCUCGAGCUUCUCGAAGAACUGGGUGGUGAGUCUGGUGAACGACGAAACGAUGGUCUUUCCCACGAGUUGCUGUGGCGUCUGGUAGCUGCCGUUCUCUGGCACCUGGAUUUAUUGCUCUCUUUUCCAGAAUUUCAUCAGCAGGUCGCCAUAGCGGUGCAUUUCCUCGACCUGGAUCAUCAGCUUGAAGUCCAGCAGCAGCAGGAAUUGCAACUCCAGGUGGUUGAGCUCCUCCAAAGGCAGCCCUCCGACUUUAGCGUAUCUGGAGUUUUUAUAGAAAACGUCGCUGAAAAACUUACUGGCCACGGUGAUUCCCGAGAUGAUGAGUCUGUGGAUAUUUCGUUAGCUUCCACUAUUUUUUGCAGCAGCGCGGACAGCAUCAGCAGCAGGUCGUUGACCUGGUGGUUGACGAUGUCCAGGUGGUCUCCAGGAGGGCCUGUUUGCGGCAGCGAGGCCAACGUGACCGGCUCCGGGUGUCUGGACAGCGACGAGGAGGAAAACUGCGCGUGCGGCACGGCUGGCUGGAACUGGUUGUGCUGCGGCUCCACAGAGCCCCGGGGAAACGAGGAGGACUGGAUGAACGAUUGGGACGGAGCCGAUGCAGAGAUAAAGUGGGGUCUAUGGGACUCGUACGUUGGCGUGGUGAAGGACUGCUGGGCGUCCUGGUACAACGUGCUGGAGGAGGAAUUAGUGGAGAACGCAAUGUCCUUGGAGAUGGUGGUUGUGGCCGUGGCAGGGGCUGGGUGCGGAGGCAAUCCCUGCUGUCCCAAGGAGCCGAAUUGUGUAGCCAUUGGUCCCGAGUAG